AUGGCUGAAGAACCCCCCGCGAAGCGCAAGUGCAUGGGCGAGGACUGCUCGAAUGAUGCCGGCUCCUUGCAAUGCCCAACGUGCCUGAAGGUCGGCAUCAAGGACAGCUUCUUCUGCUCGCAGGACUGCUUCAAGAAGAACUGGGGAACCCACAAGAGCAUGCACAAGUCGCAGACAAGUAUACUCCACCACAUCCUCCCGCCGAGCGUAGUCUCUAAACCUGACCCAGAGACCGGUUACUUCAACCCCUUCCCGACCUACCCUUACACCGGCUCCCUGCGCCCCGUCUACCCCCUCUCCGCAAAGCGCACCGUCCCGAAGCACAUCCCGCACCCCGACUGGUCUGAGGAUGGCAUUCCCAAGUACAGCAGGUCCAUCAUCAACAGGAACAAGGCGGAGAUUCUCGAUGCCAAGGGCAUUGCCGCCAUGCGCAAGGUGUGCCGGUUGUCGCGCGAGGUCCUCGAUAUUGCGGCUGCCGCGAUCAAGCCUGGCGUGACAACCGACUACAUCGACGAGGUUGUCCACAAGGCGUGCAUUGAAAGAGACGCUUACCCCUCGCCCCUCAACUACAACCACUUCCCCAAGUCCGUCUGCACGUCGCCCAACGAGGUCAUCUGCCACGGCAUUCCCGACCAGCGCCUUCUGAUGGACGGCGAUAUCCUCAACAUUGACGUGUCACUCUUCCACGGCGGCUAUCAUGGCGAUCUGAACGAGACGUACUACGUCGGCGACAGGGCCAAGGCGGACCCGGAUGCGGUCAGGGUUGUCGAGACGGCGCGCGAGUGUCUCGACCUUUCCAUCGCCGCCGUCAAGCCAGGCACCCUGAUCCGCGAGUUUGGCAACAUCAUCGAGAAGCACGCCAAGGCGAAGAACUGCAGCGUCAUCCGCACCUACUGUGGUCACGGCAUCAACAAGCUCUUCCACGGCCCGCCCAACGUGCCUCACUACGCCAAGAACAAGGCGGUGGGCGAGUGCAAGCCCGGCAUGACGUUUACGAUUGAGCCCAUGAUUGCGCUUGGCAAGUACCGCGAUGUCACCUGGCCCGACAACUGGACGAGCACGACGAUUGACGGCAAGAGGACGGCGCAAUUUGAACACACCCUGCUCGUGACGGAAGACGGAGUCGAGGUCCUGACAGCCAGGACCGCGGACUCGCCCGGUGGACCCAUCCCGAUGCCCGAAGUCGCGGCAAAUGGAAGCGCAUAG